AUGGUCUUCUAUACUUUGCAAGUUGUUGUUGUAAAUGCCCGGUCGGCACUCUUAUCGAACUUUGAGGUCUUGAACCUCCUUCGCGAGCUAGAUGCGGAGCACAUCGCCCGCACAAAAACUGCCAUCCGCGUCAAAAAGGAAGGAGAGGCUACGGGAAAGAACCUGCAUGACACUCAGACUGAAGAGAUAAGCGAGAACCUUCGCACAGUCGAGCUGGAAGCUAUUCAAUAUCUAUCUGCGGACUACCAGCCAACCCUCCACCAAUCAGACACGGGCAUCACGCAACUUGUGCGUGGUCUUCAGUCGUUUGGAUUGUCCAAAUCAGAAAAGCUUCAGAUAGUCAACCUGGCUCCAACUGAGCCAGUCGAGCUCUAUGUUAUUGUCGAGGAACUCGAAGAUCGAUUAGGGGACCGAAUGAAUGACCUUCUUGUUGUAGUAUCCAAGUCAUUACAAGAAAGCGCCCCUGGACAUCCGAAUGGGACUACGGCCGUACCCGAAGACAAAGGGACGCUUGGUGAAGAUGCAGUGGAGGUCUACGAAGAGGCAGAUCAAGAGACUUGGGGAUAUGAUGCAAACGCGAUGGAGUUUGAUGAUAUGGGAGAGGGAGUAGGCGUCGAGGGCGACCUCGACAUUGAUGAUGAUUGA